GAUCAAAAUUAGAAAAAACACAGAAUAACACAAAAAUAGGCAAUUACUCUCUCCCCUUCUUUAAACUUUCUCUCUCUCUAUUCCUUCUUCUGAUCUCAGGGAGUUAAAUUAGCAUAUGCGGCAGAAAAAAAAUUCCCACCUCGGAUUUUGCUCGGGUUUUUAUUCAACCGAUUCAAAUACUCAAUUCAUUCUGUUUUGAUUAAUCCACACAUUCAUACACAUACAUAGAUAAAAAUUUCCGUUCAAUUCAUUGCACACACAUUUGCCAUUUAUGUGUGUAUUUAGAUAGAAACUGAUACAGAAAGUUCUAGACAUUUCCAUUUAUACAAAAGGUGCAGCUCGCUUUUGGGUUUUGGGCGAAAGCGUGAGCACCCAAUGCAUUGGUCUCAAAAUUGUUGUUUUGGUGGAUCUGACCUAGUGCCUUUCAUAGAGUAAUUUUUCUUAGGACUAUUAAGAUGCAGCUGCACUUCUCACCUAGCAUGAGAAGUAUAACAAUAUCGAAUAGUAAUGGAGGAUGUGUAGGUGGUGGUGAUUUGAUGAAGAUCAAACUCGCAGCUCGCCAAUUCUCUUAUCGGACGCUCUUUCGCACCAUAUUAAUCCUAGCUUUCUUGUUGCCUUUUGUCUUCAUUCUUACUGCUCUUGUUACUCUUGAAGGUGUCAACAAGUGCUCCUCAAUUGAUUGUUUAGGCAGACGAUUGGGACCAAAGCUCCUUGGUCGAUCUGAUGGUUCAGGGCAGAAGCUUGUUAAGGAUUUUGUUAAGAUCCUCAAUCAAGUGAACUCGGAGGAAGUGCCAGCUGGCUUGAAGCUCCCAGAGUCAUAUAGUCAACUGGUUUCUGAAAUAAAAAACAACAAGUACAGCGCAAAAGAAUUUGCUUUGAUGCUGAAGGGAAUGAUGGAGAGAUCUGAAAGGGAGAUCAGAGAAUCAAAAUUUGCAGAGUUGAUGAAUAAACACUUUGCUGCAAGUGCAGUUCCAAAAGGCAUUCACUGUCUUUCACUGCGGUUGACUGAUGAAUACUCGACCAAUGCUCAUGCACGCAAACAGUUGCCUUCACCAGAACUACUCCCUUUGCUUUCUGACAACUCAUUGCACCAUUUUGUACUGUCAACUGAUAACAUCCUAGCUGCGUCAGUUGUCGUCAAUUCUGGCGUGCAGUCAUCUCUAAAGCCUGAAAAAAUUGUUUUCCACGUCAUCACUGAUAAGAAAACAUAUGCAGGCAUGCAUUCAUGGUUUGCUCUGAAUCCUGUCUCUCCUGCUAUUGUGGAAGUUAAAGGUGUUCAUCAGUUUGACUGGUUGACAAGAGAAAACGUUCCAGUGCUUGAAGUAGUUGAGAGCCAUUAUGGGAUUCGGAAAUACUACCAUGGAAAUCAUGUUGCAGGUGCCAAUCUCAGUGAUAUUACUCCGCGAUCUUUUGCCUCAAAAUUGCAGGCUAGAAGUCCGAAAUACAUAUCCUUGCUAAAUCAUCUCCGCAUAUAUUUGCCAGAGCUCUUCCCAAAUCUUGACAAAGUGGUUUUCUUGGAUGAUGAUGUCGUAAUUCAACGUGACCUAUCUCCCUUGUGGGAAAUUGACCUGAAUGGAAAGGUGAAUGGAGCUGUUGAGACCUGUAAAGGUGAAGAUAAGUGGGUGAUGUCCAAGCGAUUCAGAAAUUACUUCAAUUUUUCUCAUCAUCUGAUAGCAAAGAAUUUGAACCCCGACGAGUGUGCAUGGGCUUAUGGGAUGAAUAUCUUUGACUUGCGUGCAUGGAGAAAGACAAGUAUAAGAGAUACUUAUCAUACAUGGCUUAAAGAGAAUCUGAAGUCAAACUUGACAAUGUGGAAACUUGGAACGCUGCCUCCUGCUUUGAUUGCAUUCAAGGGUCAUGUUCAUCCAAUUGAUCCCUCGUGGCACAUGCUUGGCUUGGGCUAUCAGAAUAAGACCAACAUUGAGAAUGUGAAGAAGGCUGCUGUAAUUCAUUACAAUGGCCAAUCCAAGCCUUGGCUAGACAUAGGCUUUGAGCAUCUCCGUCCUUUUUGGACCAAGUAUGUUAAUUGCUCCAAUGAUUUUAUUAGGAGUUGCCACAUAUUGGAGUAGUUAAUUGGUUGUGCUGCAAGGACAACACACACAAAAGAAAUUUAAAUGGCACAAGUUGUGCUGAAUAUUUGUGGGGAACUUCAAGUCCAAUUGAGAUGGAGAUUCUGAUACUUCGCAGAAUUGGUUGGAUAUAUUCAGGUAUUGGAGUGCUGCGCACUUCUACGAAGAGAACCUGCAUCACUAGCAUGGAUAUGAGAUUCAUUCUUCCCAUCUGUAAAACAAAAAUUCGUCGCCUAGUUUGUUGAUGGGUCAAAGUACAUUGUAUUUCCGUUUAGCUGGAUGUAGCAUAGGUCUAUACUGGGGCGUGGCAUAAAAUGCGCACCAUUACUAUCAGUGAUGAAUUAGGACAUCCUGAUAAGCAAAGCUAGGAUGUUGACGCUGUUUGAAGGCUGCCCCUUUGGCCCAGUUAGAGGUUUGAGAUGAUUCUUUUCAGUUAAUUUCAUUUUUUCUCUUGUCAAUUUGGUUGCCAUCACCCCCACAUUUCCCUUGUGUUUCUUGACUAAAUCAUGUCGAUCAUUUUAGACUGUAGAUUAUAGGAAAAUUUUAAGUCCCUAGUUGGGGAACUACGUAGGUAAUACAUAUUGGUACGUUUUGUAUGAUUGAGAGAUAUUUAGAUAGGAUCAGACACAAUUCUUUUUACCAAGUUUCCACUCA